UCGUAGCGGAAGCCCGGCAGCGAAUGAGCGCGGGCGGCCGCGCGGGGCCUUGGCCUCGUUGUCAGCGCGUGCGCGCCGAGUGCGCGAGUCCCGAAACCCUGGCGGAGCGCAGCGCGAAUGGAGGCCUGAGGGCGGCGGGGGCGGGGCGCGCCGCGAGCGGGGGCCGUGGCCGCGGCGGGCGCCGUCUAGAGGAGGCCCGGCCGUCCGCCACCACGCACUCGGGCGCGGUGAGACGCAGGCGGGUCAGAUCGUGGGCCGCGGCGGCGAUGCAGCGAAGGCGGCGCGCUCCGCCCGCGCCUCAGCCGGCCCAGGACGGCGGGCGCGACGAGGAGGUGGAGGUGCAGUUCUCCGCCGGGCGUUUGGGCUCGGCCGCGCCUGCCGGGGCCCCGGCGCGCGGCACCGCCGAGGAUGAGGAGCGGCUGGAGCGCGAGCACUUCUGGAAGGUCAUCAACGCGUUCCGCUACUACGGCACCAGUAUGCAUGAGCGAGUGAACCGAACAGAAAGACAGUUUCGAUCACUUCCACCUAACCAGCAGCUACUGCUCCCUCGGUUUCCUCUUCACUUGGACGAGAUCCGGAAAUGCAUCGAUCAUAAUCAGGAAAUACUGCUGACCAUUGUGAAUGAUUGCGUACAUAUGUUUGAAAAUAAAGAAUAUGGAGAAGAUGGCAAUGGAAAGAUUAUGCCAGCAUCCACUUUUGACAUGGACAAGUUAAAAUCUACAUUGAAACAGUUUGUAAGAGACUGGAGUGAAACUGGAAAAACAGAAAGGGAUGCCUGCUAUAAUCCAAUCAUAAAAGAAAUUAUAAAAAACUUUCCAAAAGAGAGAUGGGAUCCUUCUAAAGUAAAUAUUCUGGUACCUGGUGCUGGACUAGGAAGAUUGGCCUGGGAAAUAGCUAUGCUAGGUUAUGCUUGUCAAGGAAAUGAAUGGAGUUUUUUUAUGCUCUUUUCUUCCAACUUUGUACUCAACAGAUGUUCUGAAAUAAACAAAUAUCAACUUUAUCCCUGGAUCCAUCAGUUUAGCAAUAAUCGGAGGUCAGCUGAUCAGAUUCGACCCAUUUUUUUCCCUGAUGUUGACCCCCACAGCCUUCCUCCAGGUUCUAACUUUUCAAUGACAGCAGGAGACUUUCAGGAGAUUUACUCAGAAUGCAAUACCUGGGACUGUAUUGCCACCUGUUUCUUCAUAGACACAGCUCACAAUGUAAUUGAUUAUAUCGAUACAAUAUGGAGAAUACUCAAGCCAGGUGGAAUUUGGAUAAACCUUGGUCCUUUACUGUACCAUUUUGAAAAUCUGGCAAAUGAACUUUCUAUAGAAUUGAGCUAUGAGGAUAUUAAAAAUGUUGUUCUGCAGUAUGGAUUCCAACUGGAGGUGGAAAAAGAAUCUGUAUUGUCAACAUAUACUGUGAAUGAUCUCUCAAUGAUGAAAUACUACUAUGAAUGUGUUUUGUUUGUGGUCCGGAAGCCACAGUAAUGGUCUUAAGUGAUAUUACCCAGAAAAAAAGUUUAAUAUGAACAAAUGCUGAAAUAAACAACUCACAGUCAACUAUCAGUGACAACAGGACACAACCUCAAAUCAGUGGUGCCUUCUUAUUCCUAACAAAAUUUAGAAAUAGCGUCUAUUUUCUUAAUAAUAUCUAUUGGUUUUUUUUUUUUCAGAAAUAUACUAUAUGAUGCAGAUUUAUACUGCACAAGAAAAAUAAUGGAGAAAAUAUCUCCCAUGCAGGUAUAUAAUGGAGGAAAUAUCUUCAAGUACUUUUUUCUUUGAAGCCCAAAAUUGUCUUUCUUUAAGAAAAUAAACCUAAACUCCCAUCUUCAUGAA